AUGGUCAUGGUGGAGGUGGAGACAAGUGAUGACAUUAUAAUCCUUAAAAAGUUAGAGAGUAAAAACACUGAACCAAAAAGGCAUGGAACACAGAUCCAUAGAGAAAACCCAAUUUCAAGACAGCAAGAAGAUGCUCAUAGGCAUCACUGGCAAAGAGGAUUCUCAAGAUUCAGAAAGAACAUUGAGAAAGGAAAUGAUACAAAACCAUACAAAGAACCCUCUGGAUUCAAGCCUGGACAAAGCUCUUUAAACAAGCAGCCUGUAAAUAAGCAGGAGAAGUGCAAUGAAAAUUCUAAGUCCCAAGCAGAGAGGAGUGGAAGCCAGUCAGAGGGGAACCAGCAUCAACUGGAAGGAUCUCAAGGCCAAUCAUCAGAAAAUCGACACCAUUCAGAGAGAUCUCGUAGCCAUCAGAAAGAUCUCAUGGCCAGUCAGAAAGAUCUCACGGCCAGUGGGAAAGAUCUCGUGGCCAGUCAGAGAGUUCUCAUAGCCAGUCAGAGAGUUCUCGUAGCCAGUCAGAGAGUUCUCGUAGCCAGUCAGAGAGUUCUCGUAGCCAGUCAGAGAGUUCUCACGGCCAGUCAGAAAGAUCUCGUGGCCAGUCAGAAAGAUCUCGUGGCCAGUCAGAGAGUUCUCCUGGCCAGUCAGAGAGUUCUCGUGGCCAGUCAGAGAGUUCUCGUGGCCAGUCAGAGAGAUCUCGAGGCCAAUCCAAGAGAUCUCGUGGCCAGUCAGAGAGUUCUAGUGGCCAGUCGGAGAGAUCUCCAGGCCAAUCCGAGAGAUCUCGUGGCCAGUCAGAGAGAUCUCCAGAUCAAUCGGAGAGAUCUCGUGGCCAGUCCAGGAGUUCUUGUAGCCAGUCCGAGAGUUCUCGUGGCCAGUCCGAGUGUUCUCGUGGCCAGUCCGAGAGUUCCGGUAGCCAGUCCGAGAGUUCCGGUAGCCAGUCCGAGAGUUCCGGUGGUCAGUCGGAGAGUUCCGGUGGCCAGUCGGAGAGUUCCGGUGGCCAGUUGCAGAGUUCCGGUGGCCAGUCGAAGAGAUCCCGUGGCCAGUCAGAGAGAUCCCGAGGCCAGUUGGAGAGAUCCCGUGGCCAGUCGGAGAGAUCCCGAGGCCAGUCGGAGAGAUCCCGGGGCCAAAUGGAGAGAUCCCGGGGCCAAAUGGAGAGAUCCCAUGGGCAGUCAGAGAGAUCCCGUGGGCAGUCAGAGAGAUCCCGUGGCCAACCAGAGAGAUCUUGUGGCCAACCGGAGAGAUUUCGUGGCCAACCAGAGAGAUUUCGUGGCCAACUGGAGAGAUUUCGUGGCCAACCGGAGAGAUCUCGUGGCCAACCAGAGAGAUCUUAUGGCCAAUUAG